AUGAGAAGAGAAUUCAAGGGAGAAAGGGAAAAAUACGAAAAGACGAAAAGAGGAAGAGCGUUCAAAGAAAAGCGCUCAUCGAACGCGAGAAAACACGGGAGAGAGAGAAAAUGUUAUUGUGACCGCGCUAACCAAAGAAGAGAAAAUACUUAUAUAUAUAUAUAUAUAUAUAUAUAUAUAGUAGUAAGCGGCACAGCUGCUGGCCUCGCCGCUGAAGUACAUCCUGCUGGACAUCGACGGCGUCAUUUGGAGCGGCAGUCACGUUAUCGAGGGUGUGCCGGCGACGCUGCGGUACCUGCGCUCGCAGGGCAAGGAGGUCCGCUUCCUGUCCAACAACGCCUCCCUCUCCCGUGCGCAGCUGCAGCAGUCCUUCGCCGCGAAGGGCAUCGAAGGGGUGCAGGCGAGGGAGUGCUACAACAGCGCCUACGCGGCCGCGCUGCGUCUCCAGCAGCUCCUUGGCACGGCGGCCGCACCUGGCGAGGAGCCGCUGGUGCACGGCAACGUGUUUGUGAUCGGGGAGCAGGGCCUGCACGACGAGCUGCAGCGCGUGCUGGCUCCGGGCUUCAUCACGUACGGCGUGGAGCUGCACGACGCGGAGAAGGCCGGCGGCUACGAUGCAGAGCUGCUCGGCGAUGCGUGGCGUGUGCCAUGCCUGCCCGCUCCGCUGAAGCGUCUGGUGGUGUGCGACGGGAACACGUGCCGCGCGACGCAGGCCGGCACGGACAACGAGGAGAAGAUCUCCCUGACGGACCUCAACCCCGUGGCGGUGGUUGUUGGGCUCGAUAA